UCAAUAUUUGUUGACUAUUUCGUUAAGGAUUACGUGAGGAAAAGGAACUUAAUUCUCAGUUUAUUAGCUCUGGAGAUAGAGCUGUUGAUGACGUGGCACAACCCGACCGCCGCACCCGAAGCCAUCAUUCAGGGCGAAGAGACCAUUUCUAAAUGGCGUAAUCAACCCAUCACUGAACGCACGUGGAAAGAGACGGCCCGACUCGCGUGGGAGAUAUCACCGACGCUGGCCGUAUUCCUCCCGUGCAGGUUUAAGAAUUCCGAUGAGAUUAAGGACGAGAUCUCGCGUUUGGUUCGCUUGAAUCCAAUAGUUGUCUGUCAUAUUCCGGAAGCACUUCAGUAUUUGGUCACAUCUGAAAGCAUUUUACACGACUCACCAGAGUUGACUCAUAUGCUCACCUGGACUCCAGUCUCGCCAAUACAAGCCCUGUCCUACUUCUCUCGUCAAUACCCUCCGCAUCCGAUCACAGCUCAGUAUGCGAUACGAAAUCUCAUUAAUUAUGAUCCGAAUGUGAUAAUGUUUUGCAUUCCACAACUGGUUCAAGCGGUUCGUUACGAUAGCAUGGGAUAUAUAUCGCAAUUCAUACGAUGGGCGGCCACAACAUCGCAACUACUGUCCCAUCAGUUGAUAUGGAAUAUGCAAACCAAUAUGUAUAAGGAUGAGGACCAACAGGAACCCGACCAGGAUUUAUAUGAACCCCUCGAACACAUCACUAAUACAAUAGUGGACUCACUCUCAGGACCGGCCAAAGAGUUCUACGAAAGAGAGUUUGACUUUUUCGGUAAAAUAACUGCCAUUUCUGGUGAGAUUCGCAAUUAUCCCAAAGGGAAAGAGCGUAAGGAAGCGCUUUUGAAAGCACUCCGCAAAAUAAAGGUUCAGUUGGGCUGCUAUUUGCCAUCAAAUGCCGAGGCAUUGGUGUUAGAUAUCGACCCCGAAAAGGGAAUUCCACUGCAAAGCGCAGCAAAAGCGCCGUUUUUGGCACGUUUUAAGGUAUCGCUGUGUGGAAGCGAUCAACUCGAACGACUGGCCAUGUCUUCCGAUACUAAUAAUACCAAUAAUCACAAAAUGUCUUUAGGCGUUGAGCUAUGGCAGGCGGCCAUCUUUAAAGUGGGCGAUGAUGUCCGACAAGAUAUGUUGGCGCUUCAGAUCAUCGGUUUAUUCAAAAACAUAUUCCUCAAAGUGGGAAUCGAUGUCUUUCUAUUCCCAUACAAAGUGAUCGCCACAUCUCCCGGU